CCACUUUGGUGACCAUCAACGACGAUGCCGAAGACGUAGGAGAUCGCCGACGACUAUGACUGCUCUGUUCUCUCUUCUGUCUUCGUUCCUUCUUCCAUUGUGGUGACCAUCGACGCCGAGGCCGAAGAGUUAGGAUAUUGUCGGCGACUGUGACUGCUCUAUUUUCUCUUCUGUCUUCGUUCUUUUGGAGUUAUUGGAUAUCCCAGUUCAUCUCGAACACGUUUUGCAGGAGGUGGUGUGGUUGUUAGAAAUGAAUGGGGUAGGCUGGUUUUGGCUGCUUCAUUUUUUAUGGUGAGUGCUCCAACAUGGUUGCUGAGUUCAGAGCAUUACUGGAUGGAUUAAAGCUGGUGCAGAGUUAUGGGUUAAUAUCUUAUGAUAUCAGACUGGAAUGUGAUUCACUGGUGCUGGUAAAGUCUGUCUUGGGCAGUUGUAAGUGUGCUUGGACUCUUUUGGGAUUUCUGGAUCAGAUUAAGGAGUUAUUGAGUGUUGGGAAUUUCCAGAUUUGUCAUAUCUUCAGGGAAGCUAAUUGUGUUGCAGAUCGUUUGGCUACUGUGAGGAGCAGAACAUCUGCUGAUUUUUCUGUGGGUCUGAAUGUUCCUAUUGAGGUAAGGAUGGCUGUUUCCCAAGAUUUGUGUUGUUUGCCUGUAAUAAGGAGGAAGAAGAGGACUGUUUUUGAUGAUUUUGGUUGAGUCUUGUUGAGCUGUGUUUGGAGUAGUGAUUUAUGGGCUGCUAUGCUAUUUUUUUAGCUGAGCUGAGCUAGGAGAUUAUGGCUGUUGCUGGAGCUGAUUUUUGCUGCUGGGUGGAAGGUUUUUUUGGCUUUUUCUUUAAUCUGUUUAGUUGUGCUGUAUGGGGAGACAGUUUUGUUGUCUUUCCUUUUGCUACUUGUAAAUU